AGACAUGCAACUGUUUGUGUUGACAUUUUGUCUUUUGGCUUGUCUCUCUGUGAAGGCUUUGUCACCCAGCGGCCAGAAUGUUUGUAGACACACCCGAAUCGAGUCGUACAGGGCCCAGGAGAGAUACUAUACAAAGUGCGGAUUGUUCAACUGGCGAAGAUGUACACGUCACAGGAACGUAGUUCGUACCAGAACAGCCGUGGACUAUAGGUGUUGCUCCGGAUGGAACAGUGCUGACAACAUUCACUGUAAAAGAGCGAUAUGUACUGGAUCCGCCCCAGGAACUUGUUCAAACGGUGGUGUUUGCGUCCGGCCCACAGUUUGCAGAUGCAGGGGGGGAUUUGGCCAACCUAACUGUAAAGAUAUAGAUGAAUGCUUGCUAAACACAGAUGACUGUCAGCAGGUUUGCGUAAACACAAUCGGAUCGUUCAGAUGCGAUUGUCGUCCAGGUUAUGGACUUUUGGCUGAUAGGAAGAACUGCAAGCCGGUGUGCAACGGCCUUACUCCGGGGAUAUGUGCCAACGGGGGAACGUGUGUGCGACCUGGCGUUUGUCAAUGUCGGACAGGAUACGCUCUGCCUCGAUGUGACGAUGUAAAUGAGUGUCUGAUAAAAAAUGGUGGAUGCAGCCAAACAUGCCAGAACCUCCAAGGGUCUUACCGCUGCCGAUGUAGGAGUGGCUACGCGUUGCUAAGCGAUGGGAAAUCGUGUAAACCACUUUGUCACGGCGCUCCAAUUGGGACCUGUCAAAAUGGUGGAACCUGUGUGCAACCCGAUGUUUGCGCUUGCCCAACAGGUUUUGCAGCCCCCAGAUGUGAUGAUGUCAACGAGUGUAACACGAAUAACGGUGGCUGUAGUCAGACGUGUACGAACACUCACGGGUCAUACCGGUGCAGCUGUGAGCCUGGAUACGGGUUGGUGAACGGGAGUCUGUGUAAACCGAUCUGUUUCCGCGGUGCCCCUGGGACGUGCCCAAAUGGGGGAAGAUGUCUAAGCCCCGACAGGUGCUCCUGUCCCAGGGGGUUUUCCGGUUCACCCUGUUCAGAUAUAAACGAGUGCCUCCAAAACAAUGGUGGAUGCUCGGGCACUUGCACGAACACACAGGGAUCCUUCACAUGCAACUGUCGCCAUGGUUACCAGCUUGCUGCGGACAUGCGCACCUGUAAAGCAAUCUGCCAGGGACUUCCAGCUGGCACAUGUCGUAAUGGUGGUACCUGUGUUCAGCCAGGUGUGUGUGAAUGUCCGGGUGGAUUCUCUGCGCCUGCUUGCAACGAUACCAAUGAAUGUCUCUCCGGUAAUGGCGGAUGUGAGCACCAGUGUGAGAAUACAAAGGGAUCCUUUCGGUGUAGAUGUUCCUCUGGAUAUCGGUUAGCUGGGGAUGGAAAGGCGUGCGCCGAUAUUGAUGAAUGCGCAGAGGGUACUUCCGGCUGCAGCAAUUUUUGUGUCAACGAUCCCGGAAGUUUCCACUGCAGCUGCCCUCUGGGAUACCAGCUUGGAGUAGAUGGGCGUCAGUGUCAAGACUUGGACGAAUGCCAGGCUAAUAACGGUGGCUGUACUCAGACGUGUUCCAACACUGAGGGUUCUUUCAUGUGUUCAUGUCGGGAUGGUUUUGUCCUCGAUGGGGACAAGAAAACGUGCAGAGAUGCUUCAGACUGCGAUGACAAACAGUUCGUCUGGUGCUGGCCACAGUGUAGCCAAUCAGCGUCUUCCUGUGAGUGCCCCUCUGGUCACGUGCUUCACAGCAAUGGGAUCAACUGCGUAGACCCUUGUUUUAUCAAGCCCUGUCAACAUAACGGCGUGUGCUCCAAACCCUCCCCAGAUGCAACAACGUUUACAUGUGACUGUACCAACACGGGAUACCAAGGAGACUGGUGUGAAACAGGAAUCAUCUCGUUGCCAGACAAUGUACGAGUCAGAGCCGGGGUUCUGUCAGACAAUUUCGUGGUGACAGCUUUUCCGGAGCGGGAGUUAAUCCUGAGUGCAGUAAAGAAUGAUAACGUGCAGGUUUUCCCCGGACAAGUGUUCAUUCGGAGUCCAGCUUCUAGCGCCACUUUUAAAAUUCUCUCUCCUGACAGUGGGAAAUUCGUCGUCAGCUUCAGAGCUUCUGGGUUAGACUCUGGAUCUUUCAGUAACGUCACCACUCUCGAGAUUCUGUCCGAUGACGUUUUCUCAAAAUACCAAAUUCCCUUCGAGGGACUUCCGGUUGGGAAUUUCUUCAUCGACCUCAGUCUUCAAGGUGAAGACUAUAAGUUCACGUCCACGUCUCAGUGGUACCGUCUCAACUCUGACCCGAAUGUUUUCUUCACCAAAGGUGUCACAUUCUCCUCUGUUGGAAAUCUCUCGGUACCCAUGUCUGUUAACGGUCUGGAGGUAAACGUAAACAACCAGGUAACAGUCGGUCCUGUGAGUGGCCUUCGGGGCCCAGACGUAGGAUCGGCUGUUUCAGGAGAAGUCAUCAGAAGAGCGAGACAAGCCUCUUUUGAACUCUCAGUCAAAGAUAUCAACGACUUCAUCAAGGAACACAGUUUAUUACGACAGCUUUUUGUGUUGCUUGAGCCUUUGUUGCCGAAUUGGUUGAGAAUGUUUGUCGGCACAAACUCUCCGCAACCCUUCUUUUUUGCAACGAUUGCUACCGGAAGUACAGUAAAGAAGACAACCUAUUGCAAAGGCGCGCCAGUUUUUGAUGAUACCAGAUAUCACGUAUUCCGCUUUACUCAUGCCAUUGCACUGACUCUUGUCAACCAGGAUGUGUAUUUGCCAGAACUCCACAGUGAGCAGUACUGCAUCAUCCUGGACUUGUAUAAAGAUUUCGGCACGACAUUCAUGAUGAUGUUUCCCGAUGAAGCAGGUGCUCUGUUAGAGAAAGUUGAAGUCUUCAAAAAAAAGAAGAUGCGGGUCCUUAGUCAGACGGCCUCGUUUUGGGUAUCAUUGGAGGUUAGUCGAGUUCGAGAUCCCAACAAAGUCUUUGACUUUUCGGUAGCCCCAAUUCCCGUGGAAACUUACGCAGCUCUGCCUGACAUCCGAAAGAUUUUGACGCACGUGUUUGUUGACCCUUGGGAAGUUUACCUGAAGACUGGCGGGAAGCCAAUGGAAGUGACUCUGUACGUCACGAUACUGAAGAGGACAGCUCCAAUUUCCUUGUCAUUCGGCAAUUUAUUGCAACACACUUUACAGGCGUUUGGAUCUGUUGGAGGUCCAGGACCGAGAGCAUACUGUGGACACCAAGCCAACCCUCCUGGAGUUUUCACCACAGUUUUCGUUGACGCCAAACUUCUCCGUGGCGUCCCAGUCAUCCAGGAUCUUGUCUUUAACAUUGAGCUGGAAGCAGAUUUCUUUUACCGUCUCGAUGAUGUUGACAUUUCCAAAGUUCCUCGCCCGAUUGAUAUCAUCAACUUGACGGCGUUGAUAACGAAUGUGGCCGAUCUUGUCAAAGAUAUCAUAGAGAGCAUCAAUAAUCUGGUUCAGAAAGUCAGACAGCUGGUGGACCUUAUCAAACUGAUGUUCGAAAAAACCCUCGAGAACUUCAUUAGGUUUGUGAAAACGAAGGUGGAUAAGAUUAAAAACAACACGCUAACUAUGGUACAGUCUCUCUACAACGAGACUGUCGGCAUCUUAAAGGGCCCAAAAACAUUCGGAAUUCGCGGUUUCUUCUCAGUAACUGUUUUGGGUAAAGGUUUCGGUAUCGAGGGUGAGUUCGUGAAAUCUGACGCUCAUUUACGGCGCUGUGGGGAUUUAGUGGAAAUCUACGAUCACAUGAAUGGAGAAGCAGCAUGGCGAGCCUUCGGAGUCAUUGAUGGAUUCGAGGUUGGUCUUGCCAGUGGUAAAGCAUCCAGCAGAGGGAAAAUAACGAGUAAACUUUGGAGUCUCCUUUCUGUGAAACUAGGAUUUGGUUUCGGACUCGCCUUGGCCAGUGACAGUAACAACUUUGUGGUACAGUUUCACGCUCGUUUGAAUUUCUUUGGAGCCAAAGCCACCGCAGAUGUCUUCGUCACGAACAAAGAGAUCGCCACGCGGAAGGAAGUUAACAUCUGGGAUAUUUUCAGAGCCAGGCUAACGAUCCGGGCCACGGUGUUUGUAAAUGUUGCAGACUGGGCUUUGCAGAUUCGGGGUGAAUUUAUUCCUGGUGGUGGCCGCAAACGCCAGACAGGAAACAACGUUCAGGCCAGCCUAGGAGAUGCCAUUCGAAAGUUUGUGAACAGGUUAGCUGAUGAGGCUGUGAAACGGAUAAGUAAAGCCCAAGAUGCAGUGAACAAAGCAAAGGACAAGCUUACAAGUGCACAGAAAUGGUUGGAUGAUAAAAAAUCCGAGGUGGAUAAAGCUAACGUUGUCUUCGAUAGGGCUAUAGCUGGUUUAGAGCGAGCAAAGCAGAAGUUAGAGGCUGCAAAGGGUCCAUUCCGCAGAGCUCUUGCUAAACUCAACGCCGCACAGAAAAGAGUCGAUCGUUUAUGCAAAAUCAAAUCGUGUUCAAAGAUUUGUAUUCCUGGUAUAAAGAUUAAAAUAUGCAAAUUGGGCUGGUUUAGGGUUCCUUGUCCGAAGUUUACAAGCUGUAUGUUCAAGAUUCCGAACCUUUUGUGUGAGGCCGCGAAUUUGUUAUGCCAUGGUAUCAGGGCUAUUGCUUUUGCGGCACUAGAAGUUGCUAAACUUUUCGUGAGAGUGCCCAUGCUUGCUUUGGACGCUGCCAAGCUCGCACUGUCCGUCGCACAAGUUGUUGUUGAUAAAUCGCGUAUUGUGUUGGAAGUAGUAAAAGUCGCCUUUGACGUUGCCAAAGGUCUUCUAGAAGUGGCUAAAGGAGGGCUUAGUUUAGCAAAUGCUGCUCUAGAGGUGGUCAAAUUUGCCGUGAGAGCCGUGCAAUAUGCUAUCAACUUCAUUGUGAAAUACGGCUUACAAAGUAUCAUCGACAUUGGUAAUUGCGGGUUUGAGAUUGAGUUAUCCACAAGAGACUUGUUUGAGUUCGAAAUAUUUUGUGAUGUUAAUCCAUUUAGGCUGGGCUGGCGAACCGUGCGUUUCCGUUUAAAUUUCCGCAAUGUUUUGGGUAGCAUUUGGAAUGCCGCAAAAUCAUUGGUCAAUAGCUUUUUGGAUUCUUUAAAGAAUCUGUUUGGGCGUCGAAAAAGAGAAAUCGAUUACGAGGCAUUUUCAAGACUUCACAAGGCGUUCCGCUACAGACGGCAGGCGGGAAAUGGAACGUUAGACGAAGAUUUGUUCGACAACCUUGAAGAUGGAGUCUUGAAUAACACCAUACUUACAAACACAACCCGAGAGAGCGAAAUUCACUUCUGGAGAGAACAAUGCUCUCGUUACUCCCCUGUGAAAAAUUUUCUGCAGCAGAGCAUCUCAGAGCUAAAUAACGUCACAAAUGAACUGGAUGCUUCCAUGAAAGAAAUUUCCAAUCGAGGUUCAGAAACAGUAGAGGUACGAAACUCCAUUAUUAACCCGAAGAAGACUUCAACGUGA